UUCUGCUCCAGUUGGGUUAAUGACGCACUGGUGCCGCUGAGAAGUGUCAGAAGAAGACGCGCUGUAAAUGGCCGCCUCCAUGUCGUGAAUGUGAGAUUGAUAAAGAUUAAAGUAUUUAACGUUACCCAACUGCCCAAUCUCAUCGAGAUCAUAAUCGUGUCAUAUAUUACAACGUCUUUUGCAGUACAGAUCUGCACAGCUAUUGCUGUCCGACAGCGGACUGAUAGUCCAGUUUGGCAUCAGCCUUCAAUUCCUUCCAAAUGAAGGACGGCAAGGAGAACUCUAACGCCACUUCUGGAAGUUUUGCCACAAAUCUGGACCACACAAAGCCAUGCUGGUACUGGGACAAGAAGGAUCUGGCUCACACCCCGUCCCAGUCCGAUGGCCUGGACCCAGCCACAGAAGCCAGGUACAGACGAGAGGGAGCCAGGUUCAUAUUCGACGUCGGGACACGUCUGGGACUACAUUAUGACACUCUGGCGACUGGAAUAACAUACUUUCAUCGUUUUUACAUGUUUCAUUCUUUCAAACAGUUCCCCAGAUAUGUGACCGGGGCUUGUUGUCUCUUCUUGGCUGGUAAAGUGGAAGAAACCCCCAAGAAAUGUAAAGACAUCAUUAAAACAGCUCGCAGUCUGCUCAACGACGUGCAGUUUGCACAGUUUGGAGAUGAUCCAAAGGAAGAGGUCAUGGUCUUGGAAAGAAUUUUACUCCAGACAAUCAAGUUUGAUUUACAAGUUGAACACCCCUACCAGUUUCUGCUGCGCUAUGCUAAACAGCUGAAAGGUGAUAAGAACAAAGUUCAGAAGCUUGUGCAGAUGGCGUGGACCUUUGUCAAUGACAGUCUCUGCACAAUGUUGUCCCUUCAGUGGGAGCCAGAGAUCAUAGCAGUGGCAGUCAUGUACCUUGCCGGCCGGCUGUGUAAGUUUGACAUUCAGGAGUGGACGUCAAAGCAGUCAUCUCGCCGCUGGUGGGAGCAGUUUGUACAGGAUGUGCCGGUGGAGCUCCUGGAGGACAUCUGCCACCAGAUUUUGGAUUUGUACUCGCAGGGUAAGCAGCCGAUACCCCAGCAGCCUCAGAUGCAGGACAAAGAGAAACCGCCGCCCCCUCCUGCUGCCCAGCCUGGCCAGUCAGGAGGGCAGAACCCACCUGCUCAACCUCCCUCUAAGAAAAACUCGCCCCAGGCCAGCCCACCCGCCAAGAUUAAACGGCAACAUGUCUCUCCUAAAGAUGAACCUAAAGCCCCAGCAGAGCAAGUUGGGUCUAAGAUACCACGGCUGGAGAGUCCUAUGCCCCCUCUUCCUGUGUCCCAACCCCCAGAUCGCAAGGCUCCAUCUGCCAUCCCAGCGCCUCCUGCUGAAGCAGAACCAGCCACAUCAGCUGAAAUGGACCCAGCACAAGGGCCGGCUCCUCCUCUGCCACAUGGGGCCCCGCCGCCUCUACCUCACCGCCCUCCACCCCCUCCUCCCUCAAGCUAUAUCAUGGGAAUGUCCACGUCCAGUUCAUACAUGUCUGGGGAGGGAUUUCAAAGUCUGCAGUCCAUGAUGAAGACCGAAGGGCCCUCUUACGCACCCAUGCCCCCUUCAUAUGGACUACCUUACCACCCGCAUGUCUAUCCAAAUCCCCCGCCUCCAGGUCCUCCUCCCCCAGCCACUUACCCUCCUCCCAAUCUGCCGCCGCCCACCCCAUCUUACCCCCCUCCAGGCUACAACCCCAGCUACCCCCCUCCACCCCCACGCAUCAAUGUGCCCCCUCCGGUCAUGGGCUUACCUCCCACUGGGUACCCACCUCCUCCCGGCCCACCCGGCCAACCUCAGGUGCCGAUGCCACCCCACGCCAUGCCGCCUGUGGCAGGAAUGAACAGAGGGGCAUGGAUGAGAUGAGAGGUGAUGAAAUCAGUUCUUCACACCUUGGUUUAGGCCCAUGAUACAUGUGCCUGUAAACAAUAUACACUGUCUAUACCAGGUUUAUAUGUAUUCUGAUGCAGGUUUCACAGAAAGGUACAGACAAUUCAGCUGCCAAGUUGAACACUGGUGGAAUUUGAGUGUCAGGGAGGCCAUGAAUUACCACAGACUUCCGCUUGGGUUCAGGGUUUCACCAUUUGGGAGACUUCCUCCCCACUUAUUUGAAUUAAAGGGAUAGUUCACCUUAAAAUCACCCUCAUGAUGUUUUAAAAAUGUCUGAAAGAGAAUUUUGUAAAAUCUUCAUGAAUAUAUUUUUCAUACAGUGGUUUACAGUGACCAUGGGUGGCCAUUCUCCAAAAAGGACAAAAAAGAAAAAUAUGACAUAGAUAGGUCAAUAUGACAUUAAGUCUUCUGAAGUCAUUUAAUAGUACAGACAGACAGAAUUUAAAUCUAAUUUUAGAGCUGAAUUCAGCUUUAAAGCUCCUCACACUAAGCAAUUGUUUGGUUUCAGAAGACAUAAAACAUAGUGCACAAGUUUUUUUUUUAAAUUAUUAUUCUCAUAGCUUCUGGUCCAAUAUAAAUGGUUUUUGUAUGUAAAGAUCUGACAAGAGGUGAAGAUUCAUCAAAAUCUCGGUGUGAUCCUUGGAAACAAAAAUCAUACAGGUUUGGAAGGACAUGAGAGUGAAUAAUGACAGAAUUUUCAGUUUGGAGGAACUAUCCCUUUAAAUUCAUUCACAUCACUUACAUUCCAAACAUCUUUCUGAAUUAUGAAUUCUUGAUUGUACAUAUGAUUUAUUCUGUAAUAUCUUUAGUGAACUUUUUUUUUUUCUUUAAUGUUAAGUCUUCACUUCUUUCUGGCUUUGCUUUUUAGUUGGUGUAUUGCAGAAUUCAUAUUAUUUUCUUAGCAACAUGCGGAAAAUAUCCCAAAAAUCAUCCUUAGCAGUCCUUUUAUUCAGAUGCGUUUCUGGCAUCUUUGACUGACUUGAGGUCAAGUGCAUUGAUUGAUGGACAUUGUUAGUUUCAUAGUUUCCCGUAUGUGCCUUAGUUUGGUUAAUAGUUGAUCGGCAAAGGACUUGCUGUGCUCAACCACCUUGUGUUUGCUUUGUUUUUUUUAGGCAGAUAAUAAAAGUCUUUUUUUCCCCUUG